AUGGAUGCGGUGAUCAAGCACUCCAAGCCCGCGCAGGAGGCGCGGCAAGUGUAUCUGGAUGUGGUGGAUCAAGUGAUUGCCAACGUCAAGGCCGCGUUCCUGGACGAAGGAUCCGACGAGCAAGUGCUCGAGGACCUGCGAUCGCUCUGGCUGGCCAACCUCUACGAGCAGCGCACCAUCGACACGGGGCUGCACCAAGUGGAUGGUGCCGGUGAUGAUGGUGAUGACGAUGACGACGAUGAUGAUGGCAACGAUGGUGGGCAGCCCACACCCGCACAGGAGCAGCCACAGCCACAGCCGCAGCAGCCGGACGCAAGUGGCAGUGAACCCAGAGACACACCAGAGACGCAGACGUCCACCGCAAGCACGGGCGGCCAACCACCGGCACCAGCGGAGCAGGAGCAACCCUCUCGCAAUGAUGAGAGCGUCAGCAUCGACGACGACGACGACGACGAUGACGAGGAUGAUGAUGAUGAUGAUGACGAGGAAAUGGGCGCACGUCCAAACCACAUUAUCUGCCAGCACGAGCGGAUCAACCACUCGAAGAAUGUGUGGAAGGCGGCGUUACGCAACUGCGUCGUACACGUGGACGGCCAGGACUUUGUCUUCGGCGCCAUGAAGCUCGACUAUAUCUGGUGA